AGGAACAAAAUGCUAUGCGGCGCCCCCUCAGUCCCUUUUUUUCUGAUCCGCUUUCUUGCCCUGGGUUGAGGGACAGUGACGGGGGGCUGCAGGCUCCGGGGGGUCCUUGGCAAGCAGCUGCCUGGCAAUGAGGAUUUCCACCCCGUGGUCUGGGUGCGGACGGAAAGAAAAAUGGCGGCAGGGCUUAUAACGGUGCCCUUCUUCCUCCUCUUCAUCGCGCAAGCAGCCUGGGCAUCGGAGGUGGUGGGAGCUGUUCAUGGGGUGGCGUAUCUCAGCCCCAGCAAGGGUGAGGGAUACUCCCAGGUCCAUUGGCGGCGCGGCAGCAACCUGAAAAUCGCCAGCAGGGAGAAGGGGAAGGAGGUCCAGUACCCCAACAGCAACUAUAAGGAACGCCUGGAGCUCUUCCCUAACAACACCUUAAAGAUCAGCCACCUGCAGAAAAGCGACAGCAGCACGUACCACGUGUACUUGGAGGACUACAAUGGCAAGGAGCACGUUGAAAGCAUCAUCCUGAACGUUUAUGAUCUGGUUCCGAAGCCCACUGUGAAAGCCGAAGUGAUCAAGCAUGACCUGGAAUUGUGCGAAGCCAUCCUGGAGUGCUCAGUGGACCUGGAAGGUGUGACCUACGAGUGGAUCGACACCAGCAAGAUCUGGCAGGAUGAUGAGGAUCCCUCCAAGAAGCGUGUCUUCUUCAACCCCUCUGUAAAAACCUACAUGUGCCAAGUCAGCAACCCCGUCUCCUCCAACAACGCCUCGCUCAUCUACAGGCACCCCUGCUCCUGGACAGGUGACUCCUCGGCUGCCGCAUCCUGCGUCACCAUCAACAUACAGGUGGCACUGGGACACCUCCUCCUCCUCCUCUUCCUCCUCACUCUGGCCUGAGGACGGUCUGCGGUUGACAUCUCUCCCCAUUUCAUCGCCGCCCGUGGUGUGACCAACACCUGGAUGAGGCCCCCCAGCUGCCUGGAUGCAGGAAGAUGUGGUUUCUCAAGGGACCCAUUACAACCAGUGUCCUUUACACCAGCCCCUUCCUGGUCCAUCCUGCUUCCCACCACCCAGGCUCUGCCGCUGCCCUCAGGAUGGCUCUGUGCCUCAGUUUCCAUCCUCACCUUCUCUGCUUUGGUUUAAUCAAAAGUCAUGUUUAAGGUCUCUUCUAGCUCUAACCAUUUGGUGAUUCUAUGUUCUCCAGAUAUCAACAAAACAGGGUUGAAGUUUGCUUUGAUGGUCUUUUGAGAGGCCCAGCAAUCUAAAUUGCUAAAUUAACAGUUAUCUACUUGGAAAUCCUCCUCUCUCUGGCCCUCAGGUCUGCAGGGAGAUCAAAUCUGAACAUUUCCUGGGGCUCCUCGGGGACUUGCAGCGUCCUCAGCCAUCACCUGCCAUCAGCAACACCCUUUAUGGCUCCGAAGACCAGUGUGGGACACUGCAUGAUGUGUUUAGCUUGAAACCAGUUACACCAGCAUGGGUGCAACUGGGUGCUGCUCUGGGUCUGGUGCACCCGAGCAUCGCUAACAUGGCACCUAUGGCUUUCUCUGCAGGGGAGGGUUUGGCAGGGACAGAACGGUCUGUUUGUUUUACAUUAAAUUCAUUCCGAGCU